AUGGACACAGCCUUGCCUCCAGAUGCACGGGUCGCUUCCAUCCUUGUGAUCAUCUAUUCAGUGAUUUGCUUAGCCUCGAGCGCCUUACUCUCGUGCGUACUCUGGAGCAAUGGCGAGCGCACCACCUACCUGCUCUUGAUAGCCAUCGCAUCGUGUGGCAGCACUACCGCCUCCAUCGUGCAGCAGAUAUACUACGCCUGCCAAUGGCGCACCGUUGUCGAAGUCGCCUGGGAACAGGCGAAGCUCAGCAUCGACAAGCCAGGCAUCGCACUCGGUCCACUCUUCACUGGAUUUAAUCUCGGCCUAUAUCUCAUACAGUUCUGUAUAUACAACAUCAUUGCGAUACUCGUCUUCUGCUGGUCCGUGGCUCUACUGAAGGGCGUCUACAACCUACAAUUUAAGCGUCUCGCAGGAUGGGAAGCCACCAUCUCGAUCACGUCGAGGGUUCUCGCCAUUGUUGUACCCGCGUUGCUGAUUGGACUAUCCUUUCUACCGUCGGUACAAAGUAGUGCCAGCGCGACUCUUGCUAUUGGGAUUGUUCUAAUCAUGGCAAGCUAUGGUCUGGGAGGCGUAUUCGUCGUAGCAGUGCUUAUCCGCUACAUACACAGUCGACACCUUUUCUCUAGUUUCCUAAGCUCGUCACGCACCCACACAACCGACACACUAUCGACCACAACCCAUGGAACAACCUCACGACCACCGAAGAUCCGUGUGGAUAGAAUCCUACUAAUCCGCUUUUCAAUCGCCUUCUUCAUCCUCGCCGCUUUCGAAGUCACGAUCGCCUGCUUCGAGAGCUCUCGCGCCCAAACUUCUGCACGUCUCGCAGUAGCAGAGGGACCCGAAUACUCGGCCCGUAGCGCCAUUGCAUCGAUCCUACUUUUCCUUCCCGCUGUAACAGGCAGUCUGCUAGCCUUCCUCCUCUUCGGCACAACAGCGCAUAAUGUUCGGAAGUACAUGGCCGUAAUCAAAUCGAUUCGGUUUCCCCGUCGACGAAGAGCGAGCUUGACGCAGACAGUCAACAGCCCUGAAUCAUGGAACAGACUAGAUGAUGGCACGCCCAAGCCGCUGUAUAGGUGUACGAUCAGGUCGGAAGCGAAUCGUGAGGAUAUCGAACUGGGUGAUUCGGGGCCCUUUGGCAAGGUCAGGACAAGUGUCGUGGUGCAUGACGAUGACCGCCUUCCAAUUCAGUCGAAUAACGAUGAGAGGCCAAAGGAUAGGAAUUCGUGGCGACAUUACCGGAAUGCUGAUCGAUAUAGUCGAUCAUAUUAG